AAAAUGGCCCCAAUAGAGAUCAGACACAUUUUAAUCAGUGAGAAUGUGGACCCAUGUUGUAAGAAGAUUUUGCAAGAAAAUGGCAUUAAAGUCACGGAAAAACAGAAUAUGAGUAAAGAUGAGUUAACCGCUGAAAUUAAGGAGUAUGACGGUUUGGUGGUUCGUUCGGCAACGAAAGUGACUGCUGACGUAAUCAAUGCAGCGAGUAACCUGAAGAUCAUCGGACGGGCCGGCACUGGGGUCGACAAUGUGAACGUGGACGCGGCGACAAAGAGGGGCAUUAUUGUCAUGAACACUCCAAGCGGCAACACCAUCAGCGCAGCUGAGUUGACCUGCACUCUGAUCAUGAGUUUAUCGAGACAUGUGCCACAAGCUGUUAUGUCAAUGAAAGCAGGAAACUGGGAUCGUAAAAAGUUCAUGGGUGCAGAGCUGUAUGGAAAAACUCUCGGUAUUGUUGGGCUUGGAAGAAUAGGAAAAGAAGUGGCCACAAGAAUGCAGUCUUUUGGCAUGAGAACCAUUGGCUAUGACCCCAUCACACCACCGGAGGUUUCUGCCUCCUGGGGGGUGGAGCAGAUGUCUCUGGAGGACCUCUGGCCUCAGUGUGAUUACAUCACAGUCCAUACCCCACUAAUGCCCUCAACGACAGGACUGCUGAAUGAUGCGUCUUUUGCCAAGUGUAAGAGAGGAGUGAAGGUGAUAAACUGUGCUCGCGGAGGGAUCAUUGAUGAAGCAGCUCUGCUGAGGGCCCUGGAGACUGGUCAGUGUGGAGGUGCUGGUCUGGAUGUAUUUGUGGAGGAACCUCCAAAAGAUCGCGCUCUGGUCAACCACCCAAACGUGAUCAGCUGCCCCCAUCUUGGGGCCAGCACUAAGGAGGCUCAGGCUCGCUGUGGGCAGGACAUCGCCCAGCAGAUUGUGGACAUGGUGAAGGGCAAGGCCCUGGUGGGAGCUGUAAAUGCCCAGGUUUUGGCCAGCACAUUCUCACCAGAGUCACACCAGUGGAUCAAACUGGGAGAAUCCCUUGGAAGUGUCUUAAAGGCCUGCACCUCCUCUAAAGAACCUUACAGUGGAGUCCAGAUUACUACCCUUGGAGAGUGUCUGAAGAAAUCAACAGGAUUCCUGAGUUCAGCAGUGCUGGUUGGGCUCCUGACAGAUGGUGCUAAGACUGGCCCUAACCUGGUGAACGCUCUGACCUUGGCACAAGAAACUGGCAUCUCUGUAACCAGAAACCACAGUGAUGGGGGUGAGGGGCUGAACCAUGCAGCUUGUGUGGUGGAAAUCUCUGUGAACGGGAGUCGAUACAAGGCUGCUGGUGCGGUGCAGGCAGACGCGCCUGUCCUGAUGGAGCUGAACGGCAGUGUGUUCAGACAGCCUGUUUCUCUUUCUGGGAAUCUUCUGUUCUUCAAAGCCAGUGCCAACCCUCAGCUUCUGCCCUCUGUCACCGGUGUUCUGGCAGCAGCUGGUGUGGAAAUGGAGUCAUUCAGUGCCUCUGCUGCUCGCGGUGGUGACCAGUGGUACUGCGUGGGAAUGUCCUCUCUACUAAGCGACCUUGGCUCUUUGAAGUCUGUAGUGAAGGAGGCAGCGCAGAUCUCUGUUUAA